GGUCCAUUUCACGUCUGUGGCGCGUGCGUGAAACGUCGCUGUUUUCUGCGUGCGUGCUUGUGACGUCGGCGGCGUGUGCUUGGAACGUGAAGUGUAUGGGGGGGGCCUUCGGACAGGAGAAGGCGACUGCGGGAGUGCCAGCUGAGCUCCUGCAAGAAGCCAAGAGAUGGAGCCCCCUGGCAUGACGCUCAUUGAAGGCUUGGGGGAUGAAGUAACGGUGGUGACUGGCGUGGUGGUUCUUGUCCUGGCUCUGGUUCUGGCGUGGCUUUCCACUUACGUAGCAGAUGGCAGCAACCAGCUUUUGGGAACUAUUGUAGCGACGGGCGAAUCCUCGGUGAUCCAUCUCAGCCACGUUGAACGGUAUGUGGGGAAUUCAGUAACCUCAGAGCCUACUGAGGCCCCGGGGUCGGCUGAUAGUGCAGAAGAAAAGGCUGAAGAGGAAGGGGGUGCUGCAUCCAACUUGGGCCCUGCAGUUGAGCAAGGGGGCAAUGGCAGCACCUCUGACUCCAGCCUCGACCAUCUGCUGAACAUACAAAGCUUGCCCAAAAGGACAUCCUCCAGUGAGUCCAGUGCCCUAGAACAGCCGGGUCAAGAGAGCCAAGGAACCUCGCAAAUGUCACACAUCCGGGAGGAGAGCGAACCAUGCUCCGGGCUCAUCAAAGUGCGUCUCAAGUUCCUCAAUGACACCGAAGAGGUGGCCAUGGUAAGACCGGAGGACACCGUGGGUGUUCUCAAGAGCAAACAUUUCCCAGGACAAGAAAAUCAGAUGAAGUUUAUCUAUCAGGGCCAGCUACUCCAGGACCAGGCACGGACCCUCCGUUCCCUCAAUAUCAUGGACAACUGUGUGAUCCAUUGCCAUCUGUCACAGACCGCCGGCUCCCCCCUUCCUGACUCGGUGGUCACCCCAGCAGAAGCAGCAGGGGUCACGGUGAACAUAGGGAAUCUAAUGCUCCCUGUUUUCGUGGUGAUGCUGGCUGUGAUCUGGUACUGCCGCAUCAACUACCGCCAAUUCUUCACUGCGCCGGCCACGGUCUCCUUGGUUGGGGUGACUGUCUUCUUCAGCUUCCUGGUUUUUGGGAUGUACGGACGAUAAGAGGCAAAGUUGGAGGGGUAGAUUGGAACCCAGCAUUUGUUUUAUAGCUUAUUUUAAAUGUGCUGUGACAAACGGUGUUAGGGAAACUGGCUGGGGGCCCAGGGAACCCCGUGCCGGCUCAAAUACUAGAGAACCUUCUGUAUCCAGCAAUGUGGAAGAGAGACCCCUAGAUUCACUGUUUGUUUCCUCACCUUGCUGCUGUUUAAUGAGACUUUGUUCCUCCAUAGAAGGGGACCGCUUUGCCGGGUGCUGCUUGCGUGCUCUAACUGACCUGUGUCACUUAUGUCAUGAGACGAAUCGUCACUCCCAAGGCGCUGCUGCAACUCCUCUCAGGUAGAGAUGAGGAGAGGGACCUUCUGUCCCUUGCCUCAUGAACAUCUUUCAAGCAGCCUCAGCAUGUGUACUCUGAGCUUGGCUCAGCUGCGUGAAGGAGUCCUGUAAAAAGAGCCACUUUCUAGCCUGGCAGAAAGCAACUCCGGCUUCAUGGUUUGUCCUCUCUGCUGUAGGUGAAUGGGCCCUGUUAGAAUGCAGCUGCGGUAGGUUUGCAUGCUCAGGCUUGCUUUAGGAUAGGCCAAACUCCCAAGAACGGACUCCGUGGGGAUGAGAGAGCAUGUUGCCCUGCAUGGUACUUCUCUGUCACUUUGCCACUCCUGCAAGAGGCUAGGGGCUGGCUCACUCAGCAUGUGAGUGCAGCGUGUGUGCACUCCACCAGGGCCUAAGUCCUAAAAGCCCCUUUCAGGGGUAUAGGGCUGUCUGGCACCUCCUCCCUGCUUGACCAGGCUUGCUUUGUAUUGAACGUGCUAAUUCUAAAGACCAAAUAUUCUCACUGGCACCUGGUGCAAAGGGGAGGGAACUAUUUUUAAAGGAAUUCUUUUUAAAUAGAAGGUUGCAACUUCUGCCGAGUGCUCUUCCCCACCGGGGGGGAGGAGUCUAGACUUGUGCCUAUCCCAGACAUUUUGAGACAAAUGUUUAACUUUCUUUAGAGCACUUUCCUCCCCGCCCUUGUUUUCUAGGAAUGCAUUUAUAAAGACAGGCCCUACAGUGGAUUUUGUUGAAAGUCAGAUAAUGAACCUGUUGAAAGUU